CCAUGAUGCAUAAUGCGUGCAACAUGUGCAAUGUAAUGUUUCGCUGCUUGUUAUAUAUCAUCUGGAUGCUGGCUGGUAUAAAUCAAGUUAUAAGUUUUGAGAUACCGUGUAACCUAUCAACGUCUACAGUGGAAAUCGUGGAACAAUGUCCCGCAGACGAAAAAAGUUACAAAGAGGCAGAAUCCAGGAAGAACUGCUCUUCAAUUAGUCACCCCUGUGUUAGUUUUGAUUAUCACUGUGUAAUGAAUGCGUGGAGAAAUGCUACUGUAGAAGUGUGUGCCCCAUCGCUUUUCAUCAUAGGUGGAGUGUGUGCGGAAUACUCGAUGCAUUUUAUGUCCAUCCGGAGCUCGGUGAGGUCUUGUCAGAAUUUUUCGGAACCAUGUCCAAGUAGAUAUAAAUCUACUGAACAGUAUAACUAUACUGAGUGUUACGACAUAGCUAAUACAGCUAAUACUGCAGUUAGUGAUGGGAAUCGACUCUCUGCAGGGGAAAUAACAGGAAUUGUACUUAUAGCAGUUUUAGUCUUUUUCAUAUGUUUGUCGAUUGCAUUUUUCGUCUAUGUAAGAGGAAAAAUGAUAAAAAAGAACAAAUCUUUUAAACAAGUAAUUGCCGCUAUCCCAUUCUGUUGCCAGUGUGUCUAUGAAGGAAGUAUAAUGUUAAAAAUACAAGACUUUAUGGACAAACGAUAUGGAAGGGUUGAUGUUUGCGAUCCUGACAGUCAAUCAACUUUAGCAGUUACGCCAAAUGCAACGUCGUCAGUCCCAUUGCUUUCGAGUAUUGGAAAUGGCAAAGAAAAUAAAACAACUGAUUCACAGGAAAAUUGCGAGAAACAAGUUCUAAAAAAUGAAGACGAAUGUGACGUUUCAUUGCAUAUCAACACACAACAACAUAAAACAAGCUUCCUUCAAAAUCAACCAGCCACCUCUUGGAUGACAACAACAGCCCAACUAUUAGAACUGAAGUCAGGUGUACAUCCCUCCAUUGAACAUUUUAUCCCACCUUCUACUUCUGAUGCUCAAAACUUUAAUUCAUCUUCUGCAUCACCACUUGUCGUCUCGUUGCAGCCUGAUCAACAGUCAGGAGCUGGUUCAUCCGUUUCUGGUCAAUCAUAUAAUAAACCUUUAAAGUCUCCACAUUUUCAACAAAUACACCAAAACACUCGGAAAACUGACCAAUUAGUUUCGUCUGUUUGCUCAUCAAAUUCAUUAUCUAAUCCUGUCUCGCAGCAAAACUCAUCCUCUACCUCAGCAUUAGAUCAACCACAGGAUACAUCCUACAAUACAUUACAAAGUGAACCAGUAGACCGAUCUAUUUCCUUUUCAGAGGUUGAAAAAUCACCUUUAUUUCAUUCAGAUAAAGACCCAUCUGAUUCCUUCGAAAAUCAUUCUCUAGAUUUUACUCCUGUCAGUGUUCCCACAGAUCCAUCUGAAAAAUCGCCCUAUGAUUCACAAAAUUCUUCAACUGAGCAAUCUCCUGAGGGGACCAAAACUACUUCAUCGUUAUCGAGCAGCACUCUUCAUGGAAGCGGUGACUCAGAAACUCCUCGAAAGAAAUGUGUUUUAGCUGUACCUCCAGAAGGCUCCGAAGCAUCAGAUGAAUUAGUAUCUACAGACCAAACUGGACUGCAACCCGAACACAGUAAGUCUGGAAAAAGACAGUUGGCAGUUGUUAAUCCUCAAAAGAGACGACCUGAGCUGUCUACAAGUGAGGGAGCAGAAGGUGGAGUGUUAACUGACCAAAUGCAUGGAGAUAAUACAGAAGGCUCCGAAGCAUCAGAUGAAUUAGUAUCUACAGACCAAACUGGACUGCAACCCGAACACAGUAAGUCUGGAAAAAGACAGUUGGCAGUUGUUAAUCCUCAAAAGAGACGACCUGAGCUGUCUACAAGUGAGGGAGCAGAAGGUGGAGUGUUAACUGACCAAAUGCAUGGAGAUAAUACAGUGCCAAGUAGAACAACAAGACCCUCAGGAUUUCAAGACCAAAGAGACGCAGGAUCAGAUCAACGUUCAUUGGAGGACAUCGUAAAUAAAAGGUUUGACAGAAUUGAAAUGAGUCUCAUGCAAGAAUUUCAGAGAUCAGAAGAAAGAUACCAAUUGGUGGCAACAGAAUUGCAUGUUGCUUUACAAAAAAUCAAGGAUCUAGAGAAAAAAACGACUGAAAACGAAACUGAAAUCAACCGAUUGUUGACCCUUCUAGAUUCUAGAGACAGGGAAUUAAACGAUAGAGACAGAGAGCUGGAAAGGAAGGAUGCUGAGAAAAGGGAACUUGAAAGACAAUUAGAUCAACUUAGAAGAGAAAAGGAGCGAUUAGAGAGAGAAAAAGAAGCUGAACAAAGAAAAUGGUCUGAACUUCAACGGAAGCACGAAAAAAUAGAGAAUGAUGUGAACUACUUAAAGGCUGAAAUGGAGAAAAAUCGGAAGAAAAAUGAAAAAUGAAAUAUUAUCUAUAUCAUUUAAAUUAUAUAAAUAAACUUUCUAAUAUUUUGUAUGCUUUAAUAUGCACUCUAACCCCAGAGAAGAGUACUUUUAAUGCACAAAAGACAUUUUUAUUUAUACAAAUGCAUUAGUCUUUCCAUUACACCAAAUGAAAGAUGUUUUAAUAUUUAAA